AUGAGCACUGGUCAAGAGGAUGUUAAUAUUUGUUGUUAUAGUCCAUGCGGUAAUUAUAUUUCAAUUUCGGGUACUACCAAUUGUACAUAUGUUUUUGACACCCGUAAUUGUAGAACACCAGUUUCAGAGCUCCGCCAUAAAAUAAACGAAAAUCAAUCCUAUAAUGAUAAUAUCAAACUUGUAAAUCAUGCACAGUGGUCUAGAAAUGGUGAGUUUUUUGCAACUUCAGCCGAUGAUGGUUGUGUUCGUCUUUGGGAUGUAGAAAAUAAUAAACAACUAGUCGCAUUAGAGCAUGCCCCUUUCCCAGGUACAUCAAUUAACUAUUUCGAUAUUUCUGCAAGUUCUGACUUAAUUGUCAGUGGUUGUGACGAUGGUAUAAUUUGUUUUUUUGGUUUAGAUCCAAACAAUUAUUAA